GAGCUGCCAUUGAGUGAGCAACAAGUAUCGUCGUGCGGAAUUAAUAUGUGCUUUAGUGCGACCCCUUAAAAGAUCGCUGCCAAAAAGAAAAGAGGGCGAUAGUGCGGAGUGCCCGAAACGGCUUUUUAUUACACAUAUAGUUGGGGCAAAUCCACUGCCAAACGAAAACGAAACUGUUUUGCAAGAAAAACAAACAAGAAAAGAAAGUGAAAAAAUAGUGAAGGAGAUGAAGCACGUAAACACGAUGGAUUCAUUGGGAUUGAUAACUCGAACCCUUCUCGGUAUCUUAAUUGUGACAUCGGCACUCGAUGAUGUAAACGCCUAUUCUGAGCGCUACACUCGCCUACCUCUCCGCGGACAUUCGCAAAUCGGUGGGGGGCAGGACCCCGCCCCCUGGGCAAAACGGGACGAUCUAUGCGACCACUGCCUCUGCCCCAUCCCAAAGGCCAUAUGCGACUUCCAGAGAAAUAAGACGCUGUCGAGUGUUUUUGACGAUAAAUACUCGGUGCCGCUGAAUAUCAGGAAUAUCGAGGUGCGACUGACGGCUAACACACAGUUCGUCCUGCACGAGAACUUCUUCCAGGGCAACCAGGUGAACUAUUUCGGCGUGAUCGGAGUGCAGGAUAACGACCAGGUGGAGAUGUCCCGCAAUGCCUUUAUGCACAACAAAGGCGGCUAUCCGAACAUCGAGAUCAGCAAGGUGUCGUCGGUGUUUCUCCAAGAGAAAUUCCUGCCUGGUGCGGAAUUCAAACUGCAGGUGGAUGACGUCGAUAAGUUAGUGGUGUUCGCCAAUGCCUUCCAGAUGACCAAUCUGGAUUGCACCUUCACGCGGAUCAAGGACCUGGAGCUGAGGAAGAACGCCUUUAAUCCCAGCAGUGCCACUUAUAGGAUAAAUCUUCGUGUGGAGGACUCGAAUAUCGAUCAGUUGGGCAUCUUUGGUGUGUCCAUGAGCAAGGUGAGCCUGGUGCGCUGCCGCAUCGGCAGAGUGAUGAGCAACGCCUUCGAUGUGACCAGCAUCAAGGAGCUGUUAAUCGAGAAGUGCAAUAUCUCGGUGAUCGAAACCCAUGCGCUGACCAACAAGCUCCACAGCGACAAGGUGUCCAUUCUGAGCACGGAGAUUGGCAUUAUCGAGGGUCAGGCGAUCAGCCAGAGCGGCAUAACCACUAUGAUUAUGACUGGGAAUAAAAUCAAAAAGAUCAGCUCGAAUGGCAUCCAAAUAGUUGCCGUAAACCUAUUGAUCCGGAACAACACAAUGCAUUAUGUGGAGCCCAAUUGGCUGAGUGUCGGCCAGGCCGAUCAAGUGGCGAUCGAGAACAAUAGCUUCGAUAACUAUGGCCGCUGUGAGCUGAACAUUGCCUCCUCCAACUGCAGUUUCCGCAACAAUAUGCUGAUGCAUCCGCAGGCGGGUAGCCUGAAUUUCACCUGUCGCAUCCAUCAAGUGCGCGUGGGUAACGAGUGCUCGUGCGACAAAUCCUGGCUACCGACACUAACCGAUCACGACCUGGAGUCGGAGGUUAUGUGCAGGGUGGCGGAUCGACAUGGUGUAUGCUUCAAUGCCACCAGCACAUCUCUGCGACGAUUUGUAAACGAGGCGUGCGGCGGCAAUAUGACGAUGCGCGACUGCAUCGGUGGUCUGUGGGUGAUGAAGUCGGCCAGCGAUCAGUUGAGCGGUACGAGCAAAUACCACAUCACCUGGAUAGCCUGCGGGAUUGCUGGUGUCGUCGUCGUGAGUGUCGUGAUUUUCGUGAUUGCCAACUUCGUCUUCAGGUGCUGGCGAAGUGGAGGCGGUGGAGGCGGGGGUGGCGGCGGCAAUGACAAUGCGAAGUGUAAGAUUGACGAGAUAAUUCGCAUUCAGUUGCUUCAACAGGCAAGUGAUCUGAACAAGCGUGAUGCCAGACGGAAGGGCAUUCUGAAGCUAAUAAACGGUCGUUUCAGCAAAGAGGAGUGCCUGAAGAGGACCUUUGAAUUACUUGAUAACAUACCCAAGACAGCGGAAAUUGAGACCCUCCUGUUGAAGCACAUCGACCAGUGUCACAAUCCCAUAAAGAACGAACCCUAUGCCACCUGCGCCACCCCUUUACCGCCACCAAGCGCCCCCAGUCCGCAUCCCAGUGAGGGCGGUUUCGAUGAGGAGCCCGUCUACCAGGAACCUGAUCAACAGCGUCCGCUUAUUUGCAGUGACUACUCAUCGCCGCCCAUUCAUCUUGUCGAGAAUACGUACUCGGAGCCGAUCAAUGCAACGAAUGCGAACGACAUGCCACCGGCAUAUCAAUAUGCCACGCCCAUGCGCAUCCUGACGCCCCCACAAACACAACAGCCAUCGACGAUGGCCAGUUAUGCCACGCCAGUUUGGCGUUCCACACCGAGUGCCACGCCCACCAGCCGACCGCCCUCGGGGUCACAGGGACAGGGGUCAACUACAGCGCCAAGGGCUGUCAAGGAUCUGAGGCAGGCUCUCCAGAAUUCACCACAAUUCCAUCCCAAUCAGCUGACCUCAGCGCACAACCAAAGACAGAUGAUGCCGGUGGUCCAGCCGGUCCCACCGCCGGCCUACAGUCAAAGUCACAGGUCACAGGUCAGGGGUCAGCGGAGGCGCAGCUUUGAGUGCCUCGACGGCGCCGCCAGUCUCGCGGCCAUGGAGCACAUGGACUCCGGCUCGGAUCACUCCGGCGGCAGCGAUGUGACCGUCCAAAUGGCCGAUGUGAUCGACUAUGCGGAUGCCUAAAAGUAUGCAGAAAGAUUGAAUAUCUGCAUAUAUAAACCCAUAUAUAUGUCUGCUACAACUGUCACACCCCUGCCACACAUAAAACAAAACUAAAAAGUUGAUAAAAAAAAAAAAGGAAAACACCUGCCAGCAGCAGCGCCCAAAACAAAAACGAAAACACUUUGUGAUAUUCAAACAGUUUCUCUGGAUUUGCGACGAACGAAGGAGAUCUACAUAUAUGUAGAUAUAGCUAGAGAGAGCCGAUCGAGAAGAACGUCGCCAAUCGCCGAUAAUAUAAGCUAGAUUAAGUUGAUCUAAAUAAACGAGUCCUUGCAGACCGCUCGACUGACUCA